AUGAAACGAUGUGGAUGGGUUAAUAAUGAUCCUUUGUAUAUUAGUUACCAUGACAAUGAAUGGGGUGUCCCUGAAUUACAUAGUCAAAAACUUUUUGAACUUCUUUGCUUAGAAGGACAGCAAGCAGGAUUAUCAUGGAUUACAAUUUUAAAGAAAAGAGAAAGUUAUAGACAACUGUUUCAUAACUUUGAUCCCUAUGAAAUUGAAAAAUUUGAUGAUAAUUGUGUCCAAAUUUUUUUAAGUGAAACAAGAAUAGUCAGGCAUAAAGGUAAAAUUCAAGCUAUCAUCAACAAUGCAAAAUGUUAUAUAGAUAUGGAGUCAAAUGAAGAAAACUUUUCGGAUUUCAUAUGGAAAUUUGUCCAUUAUAAACCAAUAAUUAACAAUUGGACAUCUGAUAAGGAAGUGCCGACAGAAACAGAGGUUUCAAAAGAACUUUCAAAAUCAUUAAAACAGAGAGGUUUUAAAUUUGUUGGUUCUACAAUAUGUUAUGCUUUCAUGCAGGCUAGUGGUCUUGUUAAUGAUCAUAUUACUGAUUGUGUUUGCAGAAAAAAAAUAUAG